UAUAAAUCCGUCCUUGCUUACCACUUCGAAAUAUGCGAAAUCGCAUCCAAAUCACAAACAUCAGCACUCUACAUCCCCUAUCCACCCCCCAAAAUGUCCAUCCCGGACUCCUUCCCCACGAUCGCCUUCUUCGGCAGCACAGGCGGCUGCACCCUCCACUGCCUAGUUCUAGCCCUCCAAGCCGGGUAUAAGUGCAACGCAAUCGUGCGCACCCCCGGAAAGCUCACCACGCUCCUCGCCCCAUACAACCUCCCGGCCCCCGCCCUCAAAAACCUGCACAUCAUCGAGGGCAGCGCCACCGACGCCGCAGCCGUGCGCACCACCCUCCUCGCCCCCGACCAAGCCCCCGGCACCUUCUCCCCCAAAACAGUCGACCUAAUCAUCAGCGGGAUCGGCAGCAAACCCAAUUUUUCGAACCUGCUGCACCCGACCCUCGAGAACCCGACCGUCUGCCAGGACGGGAUGCGCACGUUACUGGCGACCCUGCACGCUCUCCAAGCCGACGAACAGGCGCAGGGUAAACCCAAGCUGGCCGUCAUCAGCACGACGGGCGUGGACUCGAAGCGCGACGUGCCGGUCAUGAUGCUGCCGCUGUACAACUGGAUGCUGAAGGUGCCGCACGCGGACAAGAAGGCGAUGGAGGCGAUGAUCCUGGCGGAUGCGGCUGUGGGGGAGCAGAGGGCGCUGGCGAGCUAUCUGAUCGUGCGACCGAGUUUCUUGGUCGAGGGCAAGGAUAAGAAGGUCCGGGUUGGGACGGAGGAGCAGCCUGCCGUGGGGUAUGGCAUCAGUCGCACGGAGGUUGGGCGGUGGAUCUUUGAGAAUGCCGUGUUGGCGUUUGACGGGCCCGUGCAGGUGAAGGAAAAGGUCAAGGGGAUGGGGAUUGGGUGGGCCGGGGGUUUUUGGGGGAGGUUGUUAUGA